AUGAGAAGAGCGAAUUUUAUGGAAUUAGUUGGUGUGGGACAGAAAGAUUGGGGCAUAAAUCCAGCCCGUCCGCAAAAUAGCGAGGCUGAUGGAGAGUGGGAUGAAUGGGGUGAUAGUUAA